GCGCCAACCUUGCCGGCUUCCCUAGCUAGUAGCUAGGCAUAUAUAUACAGUUAAUCACAAGGCACUGUGUUGUGUGUUCUCAUUUCUGCCACCGACGCCUCCCGUGAUCGGCUAAUGGCUCGCUCGGUCCCUGGCCGGCUAGCUCUCUUCUGCGUCUUGGCCUCCUGCAUUGCGCUCGCGGCCGGCACCACCGUCGCCACCCGUCCGAGCCGGCGGGGCCUCGGCGUAAGCGACAGCCACGACGGAGCGGUCGCAGUCGGGGUUGGCGGUGGCGGCGGAUACGAUGACAGCUUGAUGCCCCGGCCGGCGCCGUCGUCCGAGCCGAGGGCGUGCCAGUUCGAGAACGAGCGGCUCUACAGGGCGUACCUGGUGAUCCAGAAGUUCAGGAAGACGGUGAUCUGCGACCCCAAGGGCGUCACCGCCACCUGGGCCGGCACCGACCUCUGCGGCUCCUACAAGGGCUUCUUCUGCGGGCGGCCCAUCAACGUCAGCGACCGGACCGUCGCGUCCGUCGACCUCAACGGCUUCAACCUGCGGUCCGACUCGCUGCAGGGCUUCGUGGACGGCCUGCCGGACCUGGCGCUGUUCCACGCCAACUCCAACAACUUCGGCGGCGCCGUGCCCAACCUCCGGGGGCUGCAGUACUUCUACGAGCUGGACCUGAGCAACAACAAGCUGGCGCCGGCCCCGUUCCCGACGGACGUGCUGGGGCUCACCAACUGCACCUUCAUCGACAUCCGGUUCAACAGCUUCUUCGGCGAGCUGCCGGCGGGGCUCUUCAGCUCCUUCCCGGAGGUGGAGGCCAUCUUCGUCAACAACAACCACUUCUCCGGCCAGCUCCCGGACAACCUCGGGGACUCGCCCGUCAACUAUCUCUCCCUCGCCAACAACGACUUCACGGGGCCCAUCCCCUCCUCCAUCGGCCGCGCCGCUGACACGCUCCUGGAGGUGCUCUUCCUCAACAACAGCCUCAGCGGCUGCCUCCCCUACGAGAUCGGCCUGCUCGCCAGGGCCACGGUCAUCGACGCCGGCACCAACCACCUCACCGGCACCAUCCCGCUGUCGUACGCGUGCCUGCGGAGCGUGGAGCAGCUCAACCUGGCGGACAACCUGCUGUACGGCGUGGUGCACGACUCGCUCUGCCGGCUCGCCUACGACGGCCGCCUCGCCAACCUCACGCUCUCCGGCAACUACUUCACGUGGCUGGGGCCCUGCUGCUGGGACCUGAUCAGGGAGGGGAAGCUCAACGUCGACCGCAACUGCAUCCUGUGGGCGCCCAACCAGCGGUCCUUCCAGGAGUGCGCCGAGUUCUUCCACGACAACUGGGCCAGGAUGACGUGCCCCGUCAGCAAGUACGUGCCGUGCCACCCCAAGUGGUACGGCGUGGACGCGGCCAGGGAGGAGGCCGCGGCGGCGGAGGAGUACAAGUACCGGACCUACUCGGCGUUGCACCCGUAAGGGCCAGCCCUGCCGGCGAGGGCAGCCCCACGUACGCGGCCGGUACACUUGUUAAAGAGGGCGAAAGCACUGCGCGUCUCGUGAGCUUACCCGCACGACGCAGCUACUUGGUCGUUGCGACUGCUGGUCUCUGUCCCACAUUGUUGUUGUUUGUACUUUCUAGUGUUCCCUUUCUCAUCGACUAUUACGGUCCGCUUAAUUCAGGUGCUUGCAUGCCCGGCAUGUCUGGCUAGGUACGUACGUGGUCACAAGUGACUGUUUUUUUCCUCCUCUCAACGAAUCAUAAUGAUGUAAUAAUUCAGAUCAUUUUGUAGCAAGAUAAAAGAUUUUGUCA